CGACGCGUAGACAGCUGACCGACCAAGAGCCCAAAACAUUCAGGGUCAUUACGCCACACUACUUCUGUGUAACAAUGUAUUCUUUGUGUUUCUAGACAACAAACGUGAACUACUGGAGGAGGCGAAAGCCAUUUAUGGUGUGGAGAGCACUGAAUUAGGAAGAGGCAAGCGGCCCAAGCGGCCCAAUCCCAAAUUCCCAAGAGAGGAUAAGCUUGACCAAGGGAAGAAGGGGAAAGGGAAGGCGGGUUCUCUCUCCCUAUCGGAAAGAGGGAUAUUGGCCCAGCUGUCCUCCGAGUCAACUUAUGUCAACACAGAGAGUGACAGUGACUGUGACAGUGAUUUCGAGCCUCUGUCGAAAAAAACCAAGCUGGACCUGCAGAUGAAGCUGGAUGUGGCCAAAAAUGAAAUUCAUAGCCUGAAAAGGGAAAAUGCCAAGCUGAGAGAGGCAUUGUGCCUAAUAAAUGAACUUCCAAGUCUAAUUAAAGACAUUAAGGACAUGAAAGAGUACAACCGCCAAAUGCGAAUGAGAAAGUCUCAAAAUGAAACAUCACUGCCCCUGCCAGGGAGAGCAUCAACAACACUGCCCCCACCAGCAACAUCACUGCCCCCACCAGCAACAGCUGCAGGAACACCGCUGCCCCCACAAUCACCAUCACCACCACCACCACCACCACAACAACAACAGCCUUCAGCCGAGCCAGCCCAACAGGACAGGACAGACAUGGUGGAAAUUGACAAGGGGGUUUUCCUCUCAAAAUGGAUCGUACUCCGCUUGUCGAAGGACCCAAAAAAGAGGAUUUCUGAGCUGAUGAACUCACUCUUCACAAGGGAGGAAAUGGCUUCCUCCUCCAUCACAGGGAAGCAGACCAAUGCAUUUAGGGACCGCGAGGCAAAGGUCCAACUUGACCAAACCAAAGUGUCUGCAAUUUUAUCUUACAUCCAGAAAGACCAUGGAGGCAUGGAGGCGAAGGACAUUUUGAGUGUCAUGCGCGCCCAAACUUAACAACGAGGCCAAACUAUUAAAAAGAAAGAUUUAAUUUUAUUCAGUAAAGGGGCCAAAGGCUCAUUAAACUACAA